AUUCUCACAACCAACCAAUCCGAGCGCCCCCCAGCGUAUGAGGCGCGAUACUACAAGCCAAUCAGUGCGCAGUAGGGGCGGGGCUUGUCUGAAUACGGGUGGAGCGCGAGGACGAUAAAAAAAGAACAGAGCGCGCGGGAGAGAUAGAGGCAGAGCACGGAGCAGGUGGAACCGUCGCUGCUGGGCUGGACCGGACCCGUUCACUCGCAGCGGCUCCAGAAAAGCUUCAGGUCCGGGGACAUGGCUGCGGGAUUCGUCCUGAGGCUCCAACAAAACGAUUUUUUUAGAAAAUAAAGCCGAAAAUUGAUUAAUUCUCCUUAAUUCGACGGUGACCGGUGGAACCGCUGGAAAGCCGUUAGCCAGCUAAAGGACUAAACGAGCAAAGGCCUUUCCUUCAUUUUGUAGACGUCUACCUACCCAAAGCAGCGAGUGGGACCAGCACUUGAGAUUUCCCCACAGAUUCCCAGCAUGGAGAGAACUGCCAUUUCCGCUUCACUGCUCUCCGUCUGCCUCGUUUUGGCUGUGUGUCGCUGUUCCCUGGCGGGUUCCUUCUGCCCGGCACAGUGCGUGUGUGAAACCCGGCCGUGGUACACCCCUCAGUCGGUCUACCAUCAGGCCAAGACUGUGGACUGCAAUGAGCUCCACUUGAGCACCAUUCCACGGAAUAUAUCUGCUGACACUCAGGUCCUGCUUCUCCAGAGCAACAACAUCUCAGUGGUGACCUCAGAACUCCGGAGUCUCGCCAACCUCACGGAGUUGGACCUUUCUCAGAACCAUUUCACGCAGAUCCAAGACGUCGGAUUGGGUAACUUAACCCAGCUGGUUACCCUGUACCUCGAGGAGAAUCAGAUUAAGGAAUUGCCUGAUUUCUGCCUGAAAGAUUUAAUCAGCCUUGAGGAGCUUUAUAUAAACCAUAACCAGAUAUCUUCAAUUGGCCCAAAUGCUUUCUCUGGCUUAGGGAAUCUCCUUAGGCUUCAUCUGAACUCCAACAAACUAGUGGCUAUCGACAGUCAAUGGUUUGAGUCUCUGCCAAACCUCGAAAUCCUCAUGAUAGGCGAGAACCCUAUACUCGGAUUGCAAGACAAGAAUUUCCACCCGCUUUCUAAACUGCACAGUCUGGUGCUAGCUGGCAUGCGCCUCAGGGAAAUACCUGCCGGAGCUUUUCAAGGACUGGAAUACCUGGAGAGUCUCUCAUUUUUUGACAAUAAGCUGACAGCCGUGCCCAAAGAUGCACUCCACUCCCUACCGAACCUGAAGUUCCUCGACCUAAACAAGAACCCUAUUGUUCGUGUGCAGGAAGGGGACUUUCAGGACUUCCUACACCUGGAGGAGCUCAGCAUGAAUAACAUGGAGCAGCUGGUGGCUUUGGAGAAAGGCGCGUUUGUCAACCUCCCGCAGAUGGCCAAGUUAGAGGUCUACAACAACCCUCACCUCUCUUACAUCGAUCGAGGUGCUUUCCGCGACAUGGUUGGCUUGCGCACUUUGCUGGCCCACAACAAUGACCUCACCCUCCUUCCUCACGAGGUCUUCACCUCUUUCCCCAACCUGGACGAGGUCAGCCUCCACAGCAACCCACUCAGGUGCGAUUGCCUCUCAAACUGGGGGCCAGUCUUUGGAAACCAGUCAAGUCUCAAACUCUUGGAAUCCCAGCUCACUAUGUGCGCUUCUCCUCCACAUGUUAUUGGACACUCCCUUCAGGAAGUGGUGUCAACUAACUGGAACAUGGCCAGUAACACCUGCUUGCCACUUAUAUCUCUGCACACCUUUCCACCUCAACUUAACGUCACGGCUGGACAGCCCUUGACGUUGGAUUGCUGGGCUGUGGCUGAUCCUGUUCCGCAGUUCUACUGGGUGACUCCCACGGGUGAUAAAGUUACUUCAGAAACAGUGUCCCCAGUGAUGAAUGAGGGAAGUGUUGGCACAAGAAAGCACAGGAUGCAGGAUCAAGGUGCUUUGGAGAUUCUCCAUGUUGAGCCAGAGGAUGCUGGACUCUAUACUUGUGUAGCGUGGAAUGCAGAAGGUGCAGACACUCGUAGUGUCUCGGUGUACGUAGACAAGGGCAACUGGCGUGAUGGUCAACGGAGGGGUGGCCUGAAAUGGGGGUUGAACACCACAGGGGCUUUGGUUGUCUUGGCGAAAAUCAUCCAUGCACAGUCUGUAGUACUGGAAUGGAAAGUGUACCCAUCUGUCCCUGCUUCCGGGCGUGAGCUGCCUCAACCCAAGUGGCUCAGUGCCACUAUCAAAAUCGACAACCCUCAGAUCAGCUACACUGCGAAAGUCCCGGUAGACGUCCAAGAGUACAACCUCACCCACCUUCUGCCCUCAACGGAGUACCGGGUCUGCCUGACCAUGUCGUCUACAGAACAUCAAACCCAGCACUCCUGCAUCAACGUGACCACCAAAGAAGCCAGCUUUGCUGUGGAGAUGGUCGCCCAACCCAGCAACGUAGCGUUGGCGGCGGUCAUGGGCUCCAUGUUCGCCAUCUGUAUCAUGGCCCUGCUGGUGUUCUACAUGGGGCGAAGGAUAAAGCAGAAGUCCUGCCACCACUCGUUGAAGAAGUACAUGCAGCACGCCACCUCCAUCCCCCUCAACGAGCUGUACCCUCCACUCAUCAACUUGUGGGAGAACGAGACAGAGAAAGAGAAGGAAGGUCCCGUCGACCCCCAGAACUCACAGAUAGACACCUCAAAGACGUACAUGUGGUAGUCGUGCCCAGCACGUCGUCAGAGUAGGAUGAGAAAAAAGAGACUUCACUUGAGAGUGUGUAUGGUGCUGUACAUAGAUGAGUAUGUAAUUACUUACUAAGAUGUCAUUGUGAAAGAUGUAUUUUUAGAUUGUAUAACCCUCCCCGGCCGACAAAAGAGCACUACUACCACACUCGGCUGCAGUUGUGGAAACGGUCGUGUACAGAGUAGAGGAAUUUUACAAGUGCCCAGCUAUGGAGUUUAAAAGCUGACAUAAGUAUUUGAAUCUGCAUUUUGUAUGUUUGAAAUAAACUUACCUGUUUUUUUGUUAUAUUAAUCAGAAAGUCAGAUUUUAACAAGGCUUUUUUGUUUCUUGAAUUUAGAAGAGGAUACAAUUUUAUAGCCUCAUUAUAACAGGGGUGGGAGAAAAUAUUGAUAUUGCAAUAUAUUGUAUCGAUUUUGUUUAGUUUAGCCAUAUAUUACCAAAUGUGAUGUUAGAUAUCGUCGCUUUCCAAUGAAAAACAAGUAUCUCCAUUUUUGUCAACAAACCAACAGUCCCUUACAUUGUGUCAACAUUUCUUAAUGAAUGACCAAUAGAAUUUCUUCAAAAUGACCUGAAAUAAACUCUUUUACAUUGACUUCCAUUGAAAGAUAAGAAGGUUUUAUCUCUCUCCUGUAGAUGUGCUGUUUUGGAGAUACUUGUUUUUCAUUGGACAGCGACAAUAUCAGUAUUUUUAUUGAAACUUAGGUAUAUGUCCCCCAAUUGACUGAAGUUACUGCUUCAUUACUCCACAUGGUGGCGCUAAUCAAAUCAAAUGAAUGGGGUAAAUCUAUAGUGAAAAUAUUAGUUAUCAAAUUCUGUGAAACUGACACCAAUAAAUCCAAAAAUAAAUCCAAUAAAUUUUUGGUGUAUUUUUGGUGUAUUUAAUCCUAGUCAAUAAAACAGAUGUUGUGAAGUAUCAUAGAAAAUUCUGAUACAUCUAUGCAAUAUAUCGAGUACUGCAGAAUCAUAUUAUCAUGAUAUUAUCACUAUUGUAUGCAAAGUAUUGUGAUAAUAUUAUCAUAUCAUGAGAUGUUCUGUGAUUCCCACCCCUAAUAAAUAAAAUCAUUAUAACAUAACAUUUUCAGAUCCAUAAAUUCAAAUGUAUCACCUAUGACCUGUAUUUUUAUUUUUAUUGCAGAGUUUUGCAUUAAAUAGAUUUUUUUAAAUAUGAAGCAGAUUUAUUUUUUAAUAUUUAAAAAUCGUAUUAUUUUGUUACAAAAAAUUUCAAUUAAAUAUUUUAUUUUAUUUCAUAUAAUUCAGUUAUACAAAAUGCAGAUUGGAAUACUCACGUCAGCUUUUCAGCUCCGUACCCAGCCGAACACACUCCUGCAAUAACAGUACAUCACUACGAGUUUUCGAGAGCAUUUAUAACAUGAGGCAUGCUACUACGUUAACUAAUUAUUUGUAUAAUUUAUUCACCAUAUGAGCAUUAAUCCAACCGAGAUCUUCAGAUCUUCAGAUCACACAUUUGGAUUUCUUGCAUGGAGUUCUUGCAUGCUGUUUUUCAGUGCUCACAAAGUAUUUAUUUAUUUAUUUAUUUUCUUUCUCACGUCUAAAAAUACACAGAUGCGAGAAGGUGGUAAACACAUGCACACUCACACACACACACACACACACACUCACUCACACUCGCACAAUCCUGAAACAGGAUUUUUUUUCUUCUUCUAUAUUCUAUAUUCUCUAUUCUAUUUCCACUGCAUUUAUUAUCACCUGUAUUGUAAUAAUAACAGCGACUUUUACCUGCCGGCUGUUGUCACCUGCGACUAAUUAGCCGUCAAGCAGAAUGAAUAUUUGCUACAGCGGCCAGGCAGCUGUGUUUACUUGGCCUUUGCACUUUUGGAUAUCUGUUGAUUUUGAAUUUUCUGAAUGUAUAUUAUUCCUCCUUAUUGAUUAAUCACUUUGUUCUUUUCACUUAUAUGUUUAUUAUAUGAUAUGAUUUAAAUGAGAUUCCAUAUAGAGGCCUAAUACACUGACAUUUCCAAAAGUCAGACGACAGCAAUAUGGAUACUUAUCAAGAUCUCACACCCACACCUGUGUACAAUGUGAGGUGUUAUCUUGUGAGUAAAGGCCAAUUUAUACUUCUAAUCUAACCCACAGUGAACAACAGUGCAGUGGGUGGUUAUGAUCGUGAACGGCAGCAUCUGGGUACAAUUGUCCAUGUGAACAGAUGAACAGAAAAUUCAGACCUGCUGGAGACCCUACAGGUUUAUCCAGCAGGUCUGCGCAGCAUCCUUCAGCUUCGAUUGGACAUGGCAAAAGUCAUGGGACACAAGACUAUCCUAUUCCUAUUGAAUGUUUCCUGACAUUUGGCAUGUCAGUGUAUAUACAGCUCUGGAAAAAAUUAAGAGAUCACUUCAGUUUCUGAUUCAGUUUCUCUGAUUUUGCUAUUUAUAGCUUUAUGUUUGAGUAAAAUUUAAAUUAACAUUAUUGUUUUAUUCUAUAAGCUACUGACAACAUUUCUCCCAAAUUCUUAAAUAUAAAAAUAUUGUCAUUUAGAGCAUUUAUUUACAGAAAAUGAGAUAUGUCCGAAAUAACAAAAAAGAUCAUGCAAAUAAUGCGAGUUCAGAAAUCAAUAUUUGGUGGAAUGACUCUGAACAGUUUUCAGGCAUCUUGGCAUCAUGUUCUCCUCCUCCACCAGUCUUACACACUGCUUUUGGAUAACUUUAUGCUGCUUUACUCCUGGUAAAGGUGUGUUUAUUGAUUGAAAUCCACAAACACUUUAGUUUGGACAGAAUGCCGGGCUUUUCCACUGUCCGGUUAUUAUUUAUGUUCUGCGCUGUGUAUUAUCGUUCCACAGUAUGUUCAGCACCUCGUUACAUGGUUGACAAUUUCAUUACUGAGAGACCGUUUCAGUUCUCUGCUGAUUAUAUUAUAUUAUAUUGCCACAUUCAAUAUUCAUUCUCCUUUAAAAGGCAUGAUGGCCGUGAUAGGUUGGGGAACAGGAUUGCGUCAAGGUACCAUCAAUGAAAUCAGUGUUUAAUUUUCCAUUACAGAGCGUAAUUUGAUUAGCCUCUGCAGCAAAUAAUAAACAAACACCUCCGGCUGCAGAUGGCCAGCCCAAGGAAAUACACAGAAAUAUAAACAGAUCAGCCACAUCAUUAACACCACUGACGGGUAAAGAGGAAAACACUUUACUUUUAUCUUCAUCUACUGUGGCGUCUGUUAAAGGGUGUAGUUAACACAUUAGGCAGCAACUAAACAGUCUGUUCUUGAAUUGAAUAUGUGUUGAAAAGAGGAGUGUAAAAAUCGAAGGUUAUGUUAAUUUGAUCCAUAUCUGACAUUUUUUCUGAACAGGUUGCUCUGUGUAAAUGAGAUGCAUGCGCACAACAGCUAUGCUUCACAUGAAGUUUCAGUUUCAUCCUCGCUAAAAUGAAAGAAAUAUUGAGCUAGUUUCAUAGUUUCUUUCUUAAUUUCCUAUUAAUAUUUCUUGAUAAAAGAGAGACUACUUCAGUUUCUGAAUCAGUUUCUCUGAUUUUGUUAUUUAUAGGUUUAUGUUUGAGUAAAAUUAACAAUGUUGUUUUAUUCUACAAACUACAGACAACAUUUCUCCCAAAUUCCAAAUAAGAUAAAAAUAUUGUCAUUUAGAGCAUUUAUUUUUCAGAAAAUGAGAAAUGGCUGAAAUAACAAAAAAGAGUUUUCAGAACUCAAAUAAUGCAAAGAAAACAAGUUCAUAUUUAUAAAGUUUUAAGAGUUCAGAAAUCAAUAUUUGGUGAUAUAACCCUGUUUUUUAAUCAUAGUUUUUAUCAUGAAUCUUGGAAUGUUCCCCUCCACCAGUCUUACACACUGCUUUUGGAUAACUUUAUGCCGCCACUCCUGGUGCAAAAAUUCAAGCAGUUCAGUUUGGUUUUAUGACUUUUGAUCAUCUUCCUCUUGAUUAUAUUCCAGGUUUUUAAAUUUGGUAAAGUCAAAGAAACAUUUUUAAGUGGUCAAAUUGUUUUCCAGAGCUGGAUGGAUCAGAUAUUAAAGUGAAUGAAGUGUGUUUUUUUGCGCAUUAAAAUAUAUCUGGAAUCUAACUUAACAUAUUCAUUUUUAAUGCAAAUUAAUCAAGAAUUAUAUUUAGGGGAAACACACCAUCUCUACUGUCAGUUACUCAAUCUACUGUCUGAGUGAGUUUAUACAGUACAGAAGAUCGGUCCCAUGAGUCGUGUACAACCCAGACGAGGACCAUAUUGAACCCUUCCUGUUCCCUAUCACUAUCACUGGCCACCAUGAAGCCUAUAGUUCACAUAUUGGACAAAAGGUUCUGCUUUCCAGCUGAAAAGUAUGGGUAUAAUUUAAUAUGUACUACUACUAAUAAUAAUACCACACUAAACAUUAUUCAGUGUUCAUUAUAUUAAAAGCAUAGCAUAGCAAACACUAAUCAUAGCACUAAUCCUCAUAUAAAAAUAAUAAGUAAAUGAUAAUGAUAACCAAAAGUAAUCAGCUCAGAUCUGCAGGGAUGCUCUCUCUCUCUCUCUUUGUCUCUAUUGUCUAUUGAAUUUGUCAUUGUUAUUGUUUGAACCAAAGAUGAAACGACAAAUAUUCAAAGGACCUGUCACGGUCAGAUACGCAGAGGACAUCUGUAUAAUGCAUUAUUAAACCUGAGUUGAUCAAGCUGAAGUUGAUGAAGUAAAUCUUUGUUUUUGAUGUAGUUUAUACGUUUAUUUAUUCAUGAAUUUAUUCUAAAUGAUAUUUGUAAAUGCAUAAGUUAACAUUGCUGCACACAGUGCUGGAUUAUCCUCACAUCCAUUCGAAUCGUACCAUGUUUUAUUCUUCAGCCGCUCGUAAUAAAAACACUUAACAGUUUUGAUAGCUGUUUAUAAUCACGUAUUAAAUGUGGUGUCCACUCCUAUAGAAUGCAAUAUUACAGCACUGAUGAUAAUAAUUACAGCACUGUCUGCUCACCGCUCACGGUUUGUGUUACCCGCUGCUGGAUGCUGGUUGCUGGGGCUCUGAGCACUGGGUUAUUCUGAACAAUGCCUGGAGUUUAUUGCUACACACGUGCCCUCUGGUGGUGGAAGAGCUUGAUGGCAUAUAUUUGCUUUAUCUGUGUGAAUAGCAGGGUAUUUUGUAAUAGGAGGACAGACUGUUGUUUAUAUUUCGAGGUACUGUAGGUCAGUACUGCUUUAGGCGUGUUGGUCUGUGCUCAGUAGAAGACAAUUGACUGUAUGCAGAAACAUCGGAAAGAAAUAAACACAAAUAUCACAAA